UCUUCUUACAUUAGAUCUGUGUGGACACAUAUUAUAUCUACCAAAAUGAAUUUUUAUUCUAUGGGCAUCCUUUGUGGUGCCCUAUGUUUUCUUACUGGCUUAAAUGCUGAAGAAGCAGCAACUAUGUGCAGCAAUACCCACGUCGAAUCCACUAUGACGGAUGUUAAACAAAAACUCGAAACAUUAUACGAGAGACCAGAAAACGAGACAGAUUCUGCUAUUACCGAAUACUCAUCAUUUUUCGAUACUACUGCUCAAUCGUUAGAAGAAGCCAAGAAAACUUGCGCUGACCAAAAUAACACAAAUUUAGCAACAUUGUUGCGUCGAUUAAAGCAAUGUGCUCAAUCCUUCUCUAAACGAGGCAAAGAAGGUUGUUCUUCAAAAUGUCAGACCUUAGAAGAUCAGCAUCAAUUUAAUUAUAUCAUUCGCCAAAAAGUUGUUGAUGGUCCCAGUUUUGAGCAGGCUGUGAAAUGUGCGAGAGCAUUCUCUUCAGCAGAGCAGAAAGCGAGAUUGUAUCGAGCGCUUUCUUUAGGCGCCACUAAAUUUUCGGUUGAAAAAGGUGAAGUACUGUUCAAUACAGUUAAAGAAGCUAUUUCUGCUGGUAAAGUGCAAUUUAGCGAUAAAGAUAAAGUUUUAUUGAAAAAUACUCUAAAAACAAUAGUUGCUAAAACUUACUUAAACGCUCCAGAUAAUGCAUCCUGCUCAUGCUUAAUAGGAAAGCUUGCGGAAUAUGACAAAAAUUUGGCUUUUGAAUCAGUUGUCGAGUUAGCUCAAGUAUUCAAUAAAAGCCAUAAACAUGAAAAGGCAAUCACUUUACUUGGACGUGUACCAUGCUUGAAUGUACAACUGAGAGGAUAUGUAGCCGUUUUUGAUACCCUAGAUCAUGCUGAUGAUCCUGAGCAAGCUAAGAUUUCCUUAAUCUAUCCACUUUAUCUCGCCAUGUCGAGUCCCAAGUACAAAAAAGUUGACGAAGACGUAAAAACAAAUGUAGAAAAAAUUUAUAACGAACUACCGGAAUCAGCUCGAAAAGUUUUCGAAAAAGCAGAAACUUGUCUUGCUUAUAGUUACUUCUCGCCAUCUAAUAGUACAGCAUCUGGUAACGAGGAAACACUAUUUUUAAGAGCAGAAGAACGCGAUUAUUCAAAUUUAAAAGAGCACAAAUUUAUACCAAAGCAAGAUGGCAAAAUCAUGCAAGUGAAGCAUAAUGGAGCUAGUCAUAUAUAUUUAUAUUUGCCAGCCGAUACUGAUUUGAAAGAUUUAGAUUCAUUAUUUUCUCAUGGAGAAAAGACGCUUGGAGACUGGGAAUCUGCUACCGAUGGAUAUUUCUGUGAUUUGGAUGAAACCAAUGAAGCCAAAUCAGUUUGUAUCUCUCCUUCAGAAGAUACAACAAAAGUGAAUCAACCUGAGCUAUUAGAUGAAUUCGAAACUAAAUAUGUCAAUGAAUAUGUCGAUAAAAGAAAGGAAAAAUGCCCCAAGUAAUAAAAAUUAUAUUCUUA